GAGUAUAAUACAGAAACUAAUCGCGCCACCGCCGAAGUCUAGGGUUUCUUGCUGCAUCGUGUUCCUUUUUUCGGCCGUCUCCUUGUUUCAAAAUGCCGUCGCACAAAACCUUCAUUAUCAAGAAAAAGCUGGCCAAGAAGAUGAGGCAGAACAGGCCCAUUCCUCACUGGAUUCGAUUGAGAACUGACAACACCAUAAGGUAUAAUGCCAAGCGUAGGCACUGGCGACGCACGAAGCUCGGUUUCUAAUGCGGAAGAAACGAUAAUUUUUUUUCCUUCUUGGUCAAGUUUUUCAGUAGAUCUUUCCGAGACUUCAAAUUGUUAGGUUCAUUGGAGCAACUUUGAUGAGAUUGUUAAUUUACAAUGUAUAUUAUCAUUCAGAUAGUAGUGUGAUUAAUUUUCUCAUCAGUCGGAUUUGGCCCAUGUCUCUGUCACAUAUUUUUUCCUUCGUUUUGUUUUUUUCUGUUGAAGAACUCACUGCGAUGAGAUAUUUGGUAACUGAGAAACAUUGCAACAGUACAUGGAUCAAUCUUUUCAAUUGUGUUGUUAUAAGAAAGGCAUGUUAAAGCAAGCAAGCUCCAAGGAGAAAAAUGAUGGUCA